AUGUCAACAGUAUAUUAUAAAAAACUAGAUAAAUUACAAUUCCAGAUUUACGAUUUGUUCAGCUCUUUGCUUCAAUUAUCCGAAACUGAAGAUGAAUCUGUCUACAAGGCCAGCUUUGAUGACACCGUGCAAGAAAUUGAUCUGUUAUUGAUUGCUUUCAAAGACCUCCUUAGACUUUUACGACCCAAAGAUAAAUCCAACAAAUUCGAUACAUACGAAUUGAAAUUUCAUUCUUUGAAGCACAAAUUGCGUGAGUUGCAAGUAUUUAUUAAUGAUCAACAACAAGACAAGUUGCAUGAAUAUAGGAUAAAGCAUUUCCAUCUACAAGAUCUGCCUGUGGAUACCAUCAAUAACGAAUUUGCUCGAGACCAAUUAUUUGCUGAUCGUUCCACCAAGAAGACUAAGAAAGAAACAGAAGCGUCUAUAAACCAACAAAUUGUCAGUCAAAAUAAACAAAUAACAAAAUCCUUGCAGGCUUCGAGACAAUUGUUAUCAGCAGGUAUAUUGCAGAGUGAAUUGAACAUUGACAACAUUGAUCAGCAAACCAAGGAUUUAUACAAGUUGAAUGAAGGAUUUAUCCAAUUCAACGAUUUGUUAAAUAGAUCUAAGAAAAUUGUCAAGUUUAUUGAAAAGCAAGAUAAAGCUGACCGUCAACGUAUAUAUUUGAGUAUGGGGUUCUUCAUACUUUGUUGUUCUUGGGUGGUUUAUAGAAGAAUUUUAAGGCGACCACUUAAAAUAUUCUUGUGGUCCUUUUUCAAGAUCUUUAAUAUUUUCAACUGGUUGCUUGGAGGUGGUAGAAGUAAAGGGUUAUCUGCAAGUGAUAUGAUAGUUUCAUCUGUGAUUGCUGCUACCACGGAAAUUGUCGACUAUGAGGCAACGAAAACAUUGUUGGAUACCUUGUCGCACGCUGUGGACUCUAAUACAGCGAUUGAUACACUUGCAAUGGUAGUGGAAUCCCUUACGAGAUCAUCAAUGGAACAUAUUGUAGAUGAACUAUAG